AUGAUGUCUGCAACAGGCCCAGAGCACGCUAGCACCCCAGGACCUCAGACGCUCAAGCUCUUCAAGUGCUCUGGGCUCCAGGGCAUCCGAGACGAGAUUGAGAAACUAGCCGCUGCUGGCCUUUAUGCAAUCCCGAUCCGACUCUAUUGGAAAGAUGGCAAAAAGCAAGCCGAUUACCCGCGUCGAUGGGCGCAUAUCAAGGAUCCUGACUCAUGGCGCCAAUCUUCUGAGAGCCCAUUGCAGCAAGUGCAGCCUGGUGCUAACGGAGUCGCAAUUCUCACCGAGGUCUCCAAUCUAAUGGUAAUUGAUAUUGAUGUUGCGGGCGAUGUCAUUCUCUCUCGGGACGCAACGACCGAGCCUCCCGUGGAUCCCCACGACGACAUGCAAGUGAUUACUCAGUACACGAGAGGGACUCGAGAGGUCCAGGAUUUGCUUCUCAAGAUCGUUGUUGAGCAUGCGGCUCCAAAGGCGUACGCCAACCUAGGACGCCUCUUUGCGUACAUGUACAUGAUCGAGGGCCGCAUUCUGGCGACCACCAACGAUGCAGAAAAGAGCCGCGAGUCGCACUUUUUUUUCUGGAAUGGUUCUUCGUGGAUCCAAGAUACCUGCAAUAUGGUUACGAGCGUCUUCACAAGUCAGAUGGGCUGUUUGCUGGCAUGGUACGAGCGACAGCAGGAGAGAUAUUUGGGCACUCUGUACUCGAAGCACCGAGACUUGCAGGGCUACGUGGUGGAUGGCAAUCUCAAGCAUCUCGACAUCGAAGAGGUCAACUCCACGGUGCUGAAGAGAAUCAGGAUGGCCACGGAAGCGUGCAUAAAGGAACGAGACGAGAGCAUGCCCAGCUUUGGCAAGAUCAACGUGCAGGAUAUUGUUGACGUCCGAAAGUGUAUGCACUCUGUGGUCAACAAGCUGCACGUCCCCGGAUUGCUUGACAUGUUCGAUCAAGACCGUAUGGUGGUGAAUGCGCCAAACGGGUUGAUCGAUCUUCAAACAGGGGCGCUUCUACCCCAUCAUCCUCAAGACCUCUGCAAUAACAUGACGUGUGGGUAUAUCCAAGGAGCUUCAACGCGGUCCACUGCGAGAUUCCGGAAGUUUCUCAUGGCCCAUGUUCUUCCACCAAAUGCAAUUGCGUGGUUGCAACUGUUGCUGGGGUACUGUCUCACAGGAGAGAUUUCCGAGGAGCUCUUCAUCAUCGCAGUCGGUCUGGCGGGGGCCAAUGGAAAGGGGGUGCUACAGAGAGCGCUUCGUAGAGCAAUGGGGACGUACAAUUGCGCUGGAAAUAAGGCCAUCUUCAUCAAGCCAACGUUCAAAGCCAACGCAUCAGCAGCUUCAACCCACCUUAUGCAGAUUCGGACAAAGCGUUUCGUUACCAACUGUGAAGCUGACGGAAGCGAGGAGCUCCAUGCGACAUUUGUGAAGGAGGCGAGCGGUGGAGACGAGCUCGACGCACGCGAGCUCUUUUGUAAACCGCAGAGCUAUGUGCCUCAAUACAAGCUUUGUUUGUUCACAAACUACAUGCCCCAUUUUCCUGGCGACGAUACCGCCCUCCUUCGCGGAUUGUGCUCCUGA